AAACACGGUAGCUAAGUUGUCACCUUUUAUGUGUAAACUAUUUUAGACUAAUAUACACAUUCCUCGAAAGAGUCAAUAGCUGUCAAAGCCAUAUCAGCACCACCGGAGCUUUGUUCGAUUCGUCACUUUCACUUGAGUAGGAAAAGCGAGCAGAGGAGCUGAAGUGCUGUGUAUCAGUUUUGCGAUCAGAUGAAGUACUGCAUAUCGUGCCAGGAUCUCUACGACGAAGAUGACGCCGGCACGUGCAAGGAGUGCUACGAGGAGGCCAACGAGACCGAAGAGGAGCUGAAGCGCGAGAUCGACGAACUCAAGGCCAAGGUCGCCUUCCUCAAGUUCUGGUCCCCAACUCCUAGCGCUAGGUCUCACCCCGCUUCCUUCUCCGACGUCGUUUUGGUUGCCUCCGAGGAUGCCUCCGCGGGGGCCCCUGUACCCGUUCCGGCCCAUAAGGCCGUUUUGGUGAGCCGUUCUCCGGUGUUUAGAGCCAUGCUUGAGAAUGAGAUGGAAGAAAGCCUGAGUGGCACCAUUAAGAUUGGCGAUGUGUCCUACGAUGCCCUUCGCGCGUUUGUCAACUACCUGUACACAGCUGAGGUAUGCCUUGAUGAGGACAUGGCCUGCCACCUGCUAAUACUGGCUGAAAAAUACCAGGUGCAGCAUCUCAAGGACUAUUGUGAAAAGUUCUUGGUGUCCAAGCUGAACUGGGACAAUUCAGUUAUGAGCUACACCUUUGGGCACCAGCACAAUGCCAAGCAUAUCACCGACGCAGCCUUGACAUUGAUCACAGACAACAUGGACAAGCUUACUACCCGGGAGGAGUACGUGGAGCUAGUGGAGAAAGAUCCACGACUCGUAGUUGAAAUAUAUGAAGCUUAUCUCUCCAAACAGGUCAAUACUGCUGCCCAGAAAGAUUCUUCCCUGAAGACAUAGUCUAGUGAGGAAUUUCCUGUUAUCCUGACCUGAGCUUUCGAUCAGUGUUCGUUUUCUCUGUAUAUUUAGUAUAGAUGAACUAAAAAAUAUACAAAUAUCAGGUGGCAAAUUUUGUUGUAGCACAUGGAACAUAAAUUGGAUGCAUGUGGUCUUUGCUUUCAAAUGAGCAUUUUGGAGCCUUUCUUAUU